AUGGAACUUUUGAAAUUAAUGAUGUUUAAAAGUGACUUUCUGUCCAGCAGCAGUGCCAGCAGUGAUAAAUGUGAUGAUCGCAUACCGCCAAUCAAUUUAAGUCAAUUACCCGAAUUUCUAUUGUCAACAAUCCCGAAAUGUGGCGGCUGCCAUGAACUGAUAUUGGAUCGAUUCGUUUUAAAGGUGCUAGACCGAACGUGGCAUGCCAAGUGUUUGCAGUGCAGCGAAUGUCAUGCCCAGCUGAAUGAUAAAUGUUUCGCCCGCAAUGGCCAGCUGUUUUGCAAGGAGGAUUUUUUUAAGCGUUACGGAACGAAAUGUUCCGCUUGUGAUAUGGGUAUACCGCCGACGCAAGUUGUGCGCCGCGCACAAGACAAUGUCUAUCACCUGCAGUGUUUCCUAUGUACGAUCUGUUCGCGUACCCUAAAUACCGGCGAUGAAUUCUACCUCAUGGAAGAUCGUAAGCUAGUGUGUAAACGGGACUAUGAAGAGGCUAAGGCGAAAGGUUUAUAUUUGGAUGGCUCGCUGGAUGGUGACCAACCGAAUAAACGACCACGCACCACAAUAACCGCCAAACAAUUGGAAACACUGAAAACCGCCUACAAUAAUAGUCCGAAACCUGCGCGACAUGUGCGAGAACAAUUGUCACAGGAUACGGGGUUGGAUAUGAGAGUUGUACAAGUCUGGUUUCAAAAUCGAAGAGCGAAAGAGAAACGCCUGAAAAAGGAUGCUGGCCGCACCCGCUGGAGUCAAUAUUUCCGCUCGAUGAAGGGUAACUGUUCGCCCCGAACGGAGAAAUUCCUAGAUAAAGAUGAUCUUAAAGUCGAUUAUGAUAGUUUCAGUCAUCAUGACCUCAGCAAUGACAGCUACAGCACCGUCAAUUUGGGUUUGGAUGAGGGAGCAUCACCGCAUUCGCUGCGCGGCUCAUAUCUGCACGGUAGUUCAAGUCCUUCACAGUAUCCAUCUAGUCGUUCGCCGCCACCGGUGGGGCAAAAUCAUUCGUUUGGUUCAUAUCCCGACAAUAUUGUCUAUACGAAUAUAGAUCACAAUUCCGCAUCGAAUCUACAUGGCUCUAAAUCACAAUCCCGCCUACAUGCUGGCAGUGCAGUAUCGGACCUCAGCAACGAUUCUAGUCCUGAACAAGGUUUCCCCGAUUUCCCACCCAGCCCUGACUCGUGGCUCGGUGAUACGGGGAACCCCACGGCGAAUACAAAUUCAAAUCCGAAUUCAGUUACCCCCGGCGGAGGUGUACAUUACUGAUACUCAAACAUACUCUUUAGAUAUUUUCAAAUGCAAUCGCGUAAUUUAAUGAU